GCCACCCUACCUGUGGCCCCCUCAGCUCUAUGGUCUCUCCCUAGAGCUUUGCUGUUGGGGACAGCCGCUGUAGUCCUGUGGGUUGCGUGGCCCCGAGCGGCAGCAAUAUGGAAGAAUUCGACUCCGAAGACUUCUCCACUUCGGAGGAGGACGAGGACUACGUGCCGUCGGGUGGAGAGUACAGUGAAGAUGAUGUAAAUGAAUUAGUGAAGGAAGACGAAGUAGAUGGUGAAGAACAGACCCAGAAAACCAAAGGGAAAAAAAGAAAGGCUCAGAGCAUUCUGGCCAGGAAGAGGAAGCAAAGUGGCCUCUUGUUAGAAGAAGAGGAGGAGGAGACCAGGGCUGAAUCUGGAGGGACUAGCAGUGAGGAGGAAGAUGAAGCAGAAGAGCAGGAGAAAGGCAUUGGAUCAGAAGUUGCAAGGAAAAAGAAGGAGGAUGAACUCUGGGCCAGCUUCCUCAAUGAUGUGGGACCAAAAUCAAAAGUGCCCCAAAGUACACAAGUUAAGACAGGAGAGGAGACUGAAGAGUUGAGUUCAAGUAAAUUGUUGGUCAAAGCAGAAGAGCUAGAAAAACCUAAAGAAACAGAAAAAGUUAAAAUCACCAAGGUGUUUGAUUUUGCAGGUGAAGAAGUGAGCAGGGUGACUAAGGAAGUGGACGCUACAUCUAGAGAAGCCAAAUCCUUCCUCAGGCAAGAUGAGAAAGAAAGGCCACAGGCGAACGCCCCCUCAGCUGUGCCACCACUCCCUGCUGGGCCAGG